AACCUACCCCAAAUGAACGAAAACACCAGUUCCUCUGCCUUCACCUCGGUGUUGGCGCAGACCAAAAUGGCCGGCAUGGCUAUAUCACCCAACAUGGAGUUCCUCUUUGGAACAUUGACCGCCCCCAACAUCUGGACAGUCCUGUUCACGGUUAUCGCUAUGUGUGUUAUUUACGACCAAGUUAGCUAUAUUGCCAACAAAGGCUCAAUCGCCGGCCCCUCUUGGAAGAUGCCUUUCAUCGGCCCCUUUCUUGAGUCAAUGGACCCCAAGUUCGAGGGAUACUACAACAAGUGGCUCAGCGGACCCUUGAGUUGUGUGUCCGUUUUCCACAAAUUCGUCGUUAUUGCCUCGACCCGAGACUUGGCCCGAAAGACUCUCAAUUCGCCCUCGUACGUCAAGCCAACAGUUGUGGACGUUGCCCCCAAGCUGCUUGGCCACGAUAACUGGGUCUUCCUCGACGGCAAGCCCCAUACCGAGUUCCGCAAAGGCCUGAACAACCUCUUCACACGCAAGGCUCUUGCCAAGUACCUGCCCGGCCAAGAGCAGGUAUACAAGGACUACUUUGCCCGAUUCGCCAGACUGACCGAAGAGAAUGGCGGCAACCCUCUCCCCUUCAUGUCCGAGUUCCGCGAGAUCAUGUGCGCCGUCUCCCUCCGAAGCUUCGUUGGUUACUAUAUCUCGGAUGAGGCCAUCAAGAAUAUUGCCGACGACUAUUAUCUUAUUACUGCAGCCCUCGAAUUAGUCAACUUUCCGAUUAUACUUCCUUAUUCCAAGGCCUGGUAUGGAAAGAAGGCGGCUGAUAUGGUUUUGAUCGAAUUCACAAAGUGCGCAGCCAAGAGUAAGGUACGGAUGGCCGCUGGUGGCGAUGUUACCUGUAUUAUGGACGCCUGGAUCGAUAUUAUGAUUAAGUCCCAGAGAUGGCGAGAGGCUGAGGAGACUGGGGAAUCGACCGCCAACCUGGAGAAGCCGCAACCCAUGAUCCGAAUGUUCAACGACUACGAGAUUGCGCAGACAGUUUUCACCUUCCUCUUCGCGUCACAGGAUGCAACCAGCAGUGCUGUUACCUGGCUGUUUCAGAUCAUGGCCCAACGUCCCGACGUGCUGGACAAGGUCCGCGAGGAGAAUAUGAAGGUCCGUAACGGCGAUAUCCACGCAGAGCUUACCAUGGAGCAACUCGAGGGUCUGAAAUACACACGAGCUGUGAUCCGUGAGCUUCUGCGAUACCGACCACCCGUCCUCAUGGUUCCUUAUGUUGUCAAGAAGCCAUUCCCCAUUACCGAUAGUUACACGGUUCCAAAGGGCUCCAUGAUAAUCCCGACAACCUAUAUGGCUCUGCACGACCCCGAGGUGUACGAAAACCCCGACUACUUCGACCCGGAACGCUACUACUCCGGUGAUGCUGAGGAGAAGGGGGCCAAGAACUACCUCGUGUUUGGUGUUGGCCCUCACUACUGCCUCGGUCAGCUGUAUGCGCAGCUGAACCUGGCCCUCUGCCUGGGAAAAGCAUCAGUUCAAUUAGAUUGGCAGCACCAUGCGACUCCCAGGUCGGAGGAGAUCAAGGUGUUUGCCACCAUUUUCCCCAUGGAUGAUUGCCCCCUUACGUUCCAGAAGAGGGGUUGGUAG